UGCAUUCGUGUGCACAGUGUCGGCGUGUCGGCCGAGUGUCGAAGAAGACGAUUCGAGCGAAAAGCGCGGAAUCGCGUGUCAAACGCGAAAAUUUAUUGUGCAACGUCGCGGCGCCGCAAAAGUACCGAAAGCACCCAAAAGCUUAUGAAUAUUAUGGGGGACGAAUCGUGACGCUGCGCGAAACAAGAGUCCAAAAAUAAGAGGCGGCAUGAGCGACCACCGAUGUGCAUAAUGAAUCGCGACGCUCGGGGCACUCCGGCCGGCCCCGAUGCCGACGACGAUGAGCAUCGCGACGACGCCGCCACCGCGACCGCUAGCGCCGCGCGCGGCGGAGGCGGCUGGCAGCGGCGCGGCCACGGCGUUACCUAUUUAAUGUACGCGUGCCAGCAGGCGGAUGUAGACGCUGUGCGCAGUGUGCUUCUGCAGGGACGAGCCGCAGCAAAACGCCGCGAUCGUACUGGUAAAACCGCCCUGCAUUACUGCUGCACCAGCAAGAGUCAAGCGCGAGCGGCGCAAGCCGCCGAUCUACUCACGAUGGCCGCCCCCGAGUUGAUCGACGGCCGCGACGAGGAUGGCUUCACGCCGUUGCACCUCGCCGUAAUCGCCGGCAACAUGCCUUUGGUGACAUUCUUGCUUGCAUCUCGAGCAGAUAUUCGUGCUUUGGAUGCUGAACAACAUAGUGUUGUACAUUGGGCUACAGUUUGUGGGGAAACUGAAGCACUUCGUGCCGUGCUGGCUGCUGGUGCUCCAAUCUCCACACCAGAUGUACAUGGUGGAUAUCCGCUGCACUACGCAGCCCAAAUGUGUGCCACUUCACAAGAUAAAGACAACGAAUUAGGUUUAGUGAUACUUCAGACACUCCUCUCGCAUUCAAAAAUAGAUGUCACUGUCCGAGAUGGAGAUGGAAGACAACCCCUUCUCUGGGCUGCUAGUGCAGGUUCCCCAAAAGCAAUGUUAGCCUUAAUAAGAGCCGGGGCUCCUGUUGAAGCAAGUGAUAAAGAUGGUCUCACUGCUUUGCAUUGUGCAGCGUCACGUGGCCAUACCGAGUGUCUGGACACUCUGCUUACCCUAUGCGGAGCGUCAGUUGAUGUUAUCGAUAGUAAUGGGUGCACUGCCCUACAUUACGCUGUCACGUUGGGGCAUGCCGAUGCUACUGCCUUACUUUUAGCUCAUAGUGCCAAUGUAAACCGGCAGGAUAGAAAGGGUCGCACCCCUGCCCAUUGUGGUUGCGCCAAGGGACAAUUUGAAACUGUUAAAAUGCUCGCUGUGCAUAAUGCUAAUAUUUGGUUGAGGAACGCAAGAGGGGAUCUGCCCCUGCAUGAAGCUGCAGGUUCAGGGAGGAGAGAUUUGGUGCAGUGGUUGUUGGAUGCUAAGCCUAGUCAUGUCAACGCGAGGAAUAACGAUGGGAGAUGCCCUUUACAUCUUGCUGCUUUGAAUGAUAACGCGGAUAUGUGCAAAAUUCUAAUUGAUCAUGGUGCCUUUAUUAACCCUAUACUCCGCACAUCCAAAAAUGUCUUCAUGACACCUUUGGACUGUGCCCUUCAACGUGGAUUCCGCUCCACAGCAAAAUACCUCCAGCUCCAAGGAGGUCUACCCGCUUCUAAACUUGGUCAUCCAGGGACUAUCCAAGUGAAUAUCCACGAAAAUAUCACUUUGGAUAUUAGUCAAAGCACAGAUGAUGAAAGCGUACAGGAAGUAGAAGAAAACGAAAGAAAACCACACGUAAAAAACGUGCAGAGCGUUCAGCAAAACAAAAACCAUCGGGUAGCUGUGGUCAAUACAGAAGUGACUGUUUCCGACCACAAUGUAAACAUUCAACAAAGCAAAAGUGUUAAAGUCACCAAUGGCAGGCAGAAAGAAGUAACAAAUCAAGAAAUUACAAUUCAGAAAAACACUGAUAAAGUAGACAGAUCAGAAAGGGUAACUAUAAGACCUAAAACCAAAAAAGACACACCUGAUCCCCGGAAGAGAAAUACCACUAUGACCCAAACUAUUGACACGUCUCCACUACGCAUUAAUGAAAACAUAAAAGAAAUCAAUACUUUAGCGCAAAGUAUUGAAGCAAAAGCAAAAUCAAUUUGUCAGGAAGUUUCCAAUAUAGAAACCAACAUGGAUCAACAAUCAUUGACAAGUUACGAAGAAGGACAACAAAGUCAACAGUUUGUGGUGGAAGCAGCGGUUCAUCCACCUCCCUCCGCACCAAAACAAGACGCAAUGCAGCAACAAUAUCAAGAUGUUAUUAAAUCUUUAAAAGAUGAAUUAGACGCAAUGAAACAGGAAAUUAAAAAUUUAAAACGUGUGGAAGUACAUGCAUCUGAAGCAGUGGGUACUGGUGCAGAUGUAAGUGAUACUUUAAAGGAGUUAAAAGUGCUUUUGGAAGGAAGAGUUAAAGAAAUAAAAGAAACGGUAGAAGAUUUUAAAGCUGAUGUUAAAACAGCAAUUGAUAAAACUUCAAAAGGGGAUGAUAAUAUAAAUGAAAAUAAAGAUGAUCAGAAAAUAGAUAUUGAAUUAAUCAGAGGUUUAGAGAAAAAAGUUAGGGAGUUAGAAAAAGCCGCGGAGAAGAUGCAGAAAGAUGAAAGUAAAAUUGAAUCACGCAAAGGUAGCGCUAUGAGAAGUCGAAGUUCAAGUGGUAGAAGAAGAGCUAAAAGAAUGGCUGACGAGGAUAAAAUUGAAGUGUACAACGAAGCUGAGCAUGGGGUUCAAGCCCAAACCCUAGCUCAACAAAAUUUGCAAACACAAAGUACAGACUUAGAUCGAGAAAGCCCCGGAAUAGUAGGGGUGGAGUUGUUAAACCAGGAAGAGAUUAAAGCGGCUGAUGCUGCAACUAUUCAAGGAGAAGCACAACCUGUUGAUGUACCAUCAAUAGCUGCAAUUGAAGAAACUAUAGUUGCAGUUGAAGAUACAGCUGAUGUUUUCGGAGAAGCAAUUGCAGCACAAACCAGAGAAGAGAUGUUAAAAAUGACAUCGGAUAUUGAAGCUAAAAUAGCAGAAUCUUCGGAAUUACUUCCACAACCUGCAGGAGAUGAUACCGCUCCAGCUUUAGAAAUAAUUUCGGUUGGUGAUGGACAACCUGCAGGUUUAGGAGAAUCUGUAGAUAGUCAAAAUGCACCUGAUGAAGAUGAUGCAAGUGCAAGGGCUUUUGAAAUUCUCCAAACCACUAUAGAAGAAAAUGCGUUGUCUAUUGAUGAAACAGCUCCGGAAACUGAAGGUGAUGAUGUAAAAGCAUUCGAAGUACUUCCACAAGAAUCUUCUGGAAUACCUCCAGAUACUGUUCAAUCAGAAGAGGUGAUUGCAGAAGAAAAAAUAGAAGACCCCCAAGAUGGGAAGGCUUUUGAGGUGUUAGAUUCUGAAAGUCCCGGUCAGAAACCAACAGAAGAUACACAAUCUUCUCCUGAUGAAACUAAAAGAAAAAGGUUUCUAAAAUCUGAAAAACGUGAUCAUCACUUGCAUCUACCAAGAGAUGAACAGAUGGAGAGUAGUUUAGAUGAUGCAAAUAGCGAAUCGUCAUUUUCAAGCACAGCUACAAAACGAGAACAUAAAAGUUUUACGGUUAUCCAACCUCAGACUACUACAAUUGGUAAAGGAAAAUCUACAACUCCUAAAACCAAUGGAACAGUUGUAAAAAAGAAGAAAUUAAGGUCUCGUAGUGAGGAACAGCGUAAAAAUCAAGAGAAUCUAAGUCGGAGAAGUAAAUUGACUGUAAGUCAAGCUGAUGCAGAUGGACGACGACGAGCUAAGAGCAAUUUAGAAUCUAGAGUAUCACGCGUUCCAGUUUUACCUGAUCUAGGAGGUAAAUACAAAACAAAAUCAGAAACAAAUCUCGCUGGUAUGGAGGAGUUUUCCGAAAGAAGUGAUGAGGAAGACACUGAAGAUUCAAAACGUAAACGAGUAAAGAAACGUGGUAAAAGUAGGACUUCUAAGAGUGCUGGAAGUGAUUACGAAAGCAGUCAUCUUAUUGAUAGUGGGUUUGAACCCAGUCCAAGGUCUACCAGAAUUCCCAAGUGGAAAAAUGUGAGUGAACGUGGAGUUAAUAUGACUUCAGUCACACAGUCUAUACAGGGUAAUAUUAGAAGGUAUCAUUUAGAAAGAAAAAUCUUCCAACAUUUGCUAGAAAUGAAACGCAUGCAGAUACGCGCCGGACAACACAACGAAGCAAUUUUAGUAAAACGCGCUAUAGACGCCUACCACCGCACAUGCGCAGCAACCGUUGGAGGUGGCCGCUACAUUCCCAAAGAUUAUACUUUUAAAAGUUUUGAGAAAUUUCUCUAUGAAUCAUUACGAAAAAUCCAAAAAACAACAGCUCCUGAAUAUCUCAAAGGAUUACCAGAGUCUGCAACUGAGAACCCUUUAUUCUGUACACAAUCUACAAACAGAUGUAUGCAUGCCACGCAUGCGUACACAGGAAUUCCAUGCGCAGCAUAUCUGCCUAGGAUGGACCAUCACACCAUACCAAAAAUAGGUUAUGCAAGUACAGCUUGCAAACCACAAGGAUUCCUGCCCGAUAUCAAUAAAAACAAAGCAGUGACACUGGAGUUGUGUCACGGCAAUGAUAAACAAAUCAUCUCACUGCCCACCGAUAGGUUGGACCAAAACAAGAGGUACUAUGUCACAUUCACCGUCAAAGGUGAAUCGGACGAAACACCACCGCCAGAGAAUAUUAUGACCGAGCAGGCCAAAACGCCCACGCAUCAACAUUCUAAAAGCAUGUAACUUGCCUUAAAAAUACCCAAAAUGAAAUAACUUAGCACAAAAUAGUUAUUAUAACAAAUAGAGCAAACUAAUCAAAAAAUUAGUCGAUUUCAGUUAAAAUAAGAAAAUAAAAGCUUAUAGAGAUGUAAAUAAUUGUAUUAUAAAAAUAAAAUCUAUUUUUGUUGAAA